AUGGACGCGUGGGGUCUUACGCCUAACCGGCGGAACUUGGCCACACUUCUUAUUCUUUUGCAGCUGGUGAGCGCGCUGAAUGGCCAUGAGCUUCGAUUCCCAAAGUCUGCGUUUGGACAGAGCCCCGAGGACGCGCAGUCUCUGCUGGAGUUCCUAGCGCUACCUUCAAACACAGAGUAUGAGCUGGUGGCUCCCUUUGAAGUGGACCAUGAAGGGCGGUACAUCUCACAUGCUGUGGCGCAUCACCAGCGGUACCGGCGCUCUCUGGACCGCGGGGAGUCAGCCAGCAUCUCCGAACCAGUCCACCUUAGGCUCAGCGGGCUGAGCCAGAACUUCCAUCUGGAGCUGAGGCUCUCCAGCGGGCUCAUCGCCCCCGGUUUCAAGAUCCAGCGACUGCGCCGGAACGGAACCGCCAGCCUGCAGGAGUACAGCCCACAUGACCUCUGCUUCUAUCAAGGCAUACUAAGGUCAAAGGUCAACUCCUCAGUGGCUCUGUCGACAUGCGGGGGAAUGUCAGGUCUUAUUCGUACUCAGGAGGCAGACUACCUCAUCAGGCCGGUGCACCCACACCUGGCCGUGAGAGCCAACUUCAGCACCCCCCCAGGCCACCAGCCCCACAUCCUCUACAAACGCUCCGCGGACCAUCAGCACAAGCCACACACACCCAGGCACCACCGUCGCCAUGACGGAGGGCUCGACCCAGGUCACCGUGACGACAAGCCCGCCCAAGGACAGAAGCAGCACUUCUGUGGAAGUCUUUCAACUUUCACAAUUGCAUUAUUCUGUUAUUGUGUACCAAACAUGCCCUGUACCCCCACAGACAUGCCCAAACCCCCACCCGAUGACAUCCCCAUCCUGCCCGAUGAGUACCCACUCGUGCCCAGGGGCAAGCGGGCAGUGGCCCUCCAUGGCACCCCUAGUGGCCAGAAGCUGAAUGUUGAGGCACUGGUGGUGGUGGACAAAAGGAUGAUGGACAACCACGGCCAUGAGAAUGUCACCACCUAUGUCCUGACUGUGCUCAACAUGGUGUCCACUCUGUUCAAGGAUGGUACCAUUGGUGGGGACAUUAACAUUGUCAUUGUGGGCCUCAUUCUGCUUGAGGAGGAGCAGGAUGGUCUGUCCAUCAGUCACCAUGCUGACCACACUCUGAAUAGUUUCUGCCAGUGGCAGGCUGGUUUGUCCGGUCGGGAAGGGCAGCGCCAUGACCAUGCCAUCCUGCUCACCGGCCUGGACAUCUGCUCCUGGAAGAACGAGCCCUGCGACACUUUGGGUUUUGCUCCUAUCAGUGGCAUGUGCAGUAAGUACCGCAGCUGCACCAUCAAUGAAGACACAGGGCUGGGCCUGGCUUUCACCAUCGCACAUGAGUCUGGCCACAACUUUGGGAUGGUGCAUGAUGGAGAGGGUAAUGUGUGUAAGAAGUCUGUGGGCAACAUCAUGUCUCCUACGCUGGCUGGCCACAAUGGUGUGUUCUCCUGGUCUUCCUGUAGCCGCCAAUACCUCAGCCGGUUCCUCAGCACAGCCCAGGCCACCUGCCUGUCGGACGAGCCCCAGGCGACGGGGGAGUACGAGUACCCUCAGCAGCUCCCGGGGGAACUCUAUGACACCGACACCCAGUGCAAGUGGCAGUUUGGUGAGAAGGCCAAGCUGUGCACCCUAAACUUUAAGAAGGACAUCUGUAAGGCCCUGUGGUGUCACCGCGUGGGCAGGAAGUGUGAGACCAAGUUCCUCCCGGCCGCCGAGGGCUCUGUAUGUGGUCCUGACAUGUGGUGCCGGCGGGGGCACUGUGUGAAGCAGGGUGACUCGGGCCCAGUUGCGGUCCACGGGCAGUGGUCCUCCUGGUCUGGGUGGUCCAGCUGCUCCCGGACCUGUGAGAGUGGAGUGACCUACAGAGAGAGACACUGCAACAACCCCAAGCCCAUGUACGGGGGCAGGUUUUGUGAAGGCCCGUCUCGCUCCCACAAGCUGUGUAACACUAAAGACUGUCCCCCCGGAAACACAGCCUUCAGAGCUGUGCAGUGUGCAGAGUUCAACAGUAAGCCCUUCAGAGGAUGGUACUUCAAAUGGAGUCCCUACACACACGUGGACGACCAGGAUGCGUGUAAACUCUACUGCCUGGCUGAAGGCUAUGACUUCUUCUUCGCCCUCUCCAGCAAAGUGAAGGACGGGACCCCGUGUGCACCCGGCAGUCCCAAUGUCUGCAUCGACGGAGUGUGCGAGAGGGUUGGGUGUGACCGUGUUCUUGGGUCCUGGGCCAAGCCUGAUGUGUGUGGUGUGUGCCGGGGAAACAAUUCCACCUGCAAGGUCUACAGGGGCCAGUACAACAAACAGCACCGCUCAAACCAGUAUUACUCAGUGGUGACUAUACCAGCUGGGGCUCGCAGCAUCCGUCUGCUGGAGCUGAACGCCUCCAGCUCGUACCUGGCCAUCAGGAGCGUCCAGAAGAAGUACCACCUGAAUGGCCGCUGGACCAUCGACUGGCCGGGCAGACACAACAUCGCCGGCACCGUGUUUGACUACAGCAGACCCUACAACCGGCCAGAGAGCCUGACCGCCAGCGGGCCGACCAAUGAGACCCUGGUAGUGGAGAUUCUGCUGCAGGGUCGUAACCCAGGAAUCCAGUGGGAGUACAGCCUGAACCAGAGCCAUGUGGAGCAGCGCACACCACCCAAACACAACUACACCUGGGCCAUCGUGCGCUCCACCUGCUCUGCCACCUGCGCUGGAGGUACCAUGACGACUAAGAUUGCUUGUUACAGGGACCUGCGUGUCCAGGUGAACACGUCCUUCUGUAACCCCCGCUCUCGCCCCUCCUCUGGAACGGUGCAAUGCAACACACAGCCCUGCCCCCCCAGCUGGUCUGUGGGGUCGUGGGGGUUGUGUAGCCGUACCUGUGGGGAGGCAGAUCAGAGCAGAGAGGUGGAGUGUGUGCAGAGGACCGCCCCCGGGCAGGUGGAGAAGAUACCGAAUUCAAGGUGCCCCCAGCCAACCCCCCCGAGCAUCCAGAGCUGCCACAACCCCACCUGCCCCCCACAGUGGAGCACAGGGCCUUGGUCUCAGUGUUCCAGUGUGUUGCGCUGCGGUAAAGGAGCGCGUCGGCGUCUGGUGGAGUGCCGCAGCGUUGGCACAGGGGCGCGGGCGCUGCCUGAUCGCUCGUGCGAUGCCCGCCUCAGACCCAGCAGCCAGGAGUCGUGCCAGCUGAGGCGCUGCAGCCGACCGGCCAAGGGACAGUGGGUCCUGUCCACAUGGCAGCAGUGCUCUGUGACGUGUGGCGUGGGCGUGCAGAAGCGCCUGCUGAAGUGUGCUGAGAAGGAUGCGGAGGGGAAGUACCAGGAGCUGGCGGCUAAGCGGUGCCAGCAUGCUGCCCAGCCCUCAGUGGGGCUACAGCGAGCGUGCGUCCAGCCUGAGUGCCCACGGCCAGCAGAGACCAGCCCCAGCUGGUACACAUCCCCCUGGUCACAGUGCACCGUGUCCUGUGGGGGAGGAGUGCAGUCUCGGACGGUGCAGUGUCUCCUAAGCGGCCGGCCUGUCUCAGGAUGCCCUGGCCACAUCAAACCCCCCAUGGCCCAAGCCUGUAAUGCCCAUUACUGUCCACGGCCAAGCAAGAAAGAGAUGGAGUGCAAAGACCAUUUUAACUGGUGCUACCUGGUGCCCCAGCACGGCGUGUGCCACCACAAGUAUUACGGGCACCAGUGCUGCCAGUCCUGCUCCCACCCCAACCUGUGAUGGCCAGAAAACAGGGAAGAAGACGCAGAUCUCAGAGGCCCUGCCUAGCGGCAGCAGAGACUACA